UUACGCGCAGCUCAGUGGUCGAAGACAGUCUACGGAUCUUAAAAAAGGAAGAAAUGGUAUGUUUAAUAACGUAAACUUUGUUGUCCGGAAUUAUUUUGAAUGAAUAAGCGUUUGUUUCUGUGUGCUAUUAACCCCGCGCAAAAAAAGAACAGUUCGUUGGCUUACUGGUACCUGGCGUCAGAGCCUUGAGUAGCCAGCCAUGCUGUCCGAGGCUGAAAUGAUAGCGAAGCGUCACACGAAAAUAUGUGACUCUGUUCGAAUUUAAGAUUUAAAAUGUACAAACGAAGAAAAAGUCGACAGAAUGUGUCGACUUCGCUUCUUCAACUGCUGUCCCUCUCUAUCCUAUGGACGCAGUCACUUGCCCAGGUGUAUAACCUUAGUCUCUCAAUUGAAGAAGGACUACCUGCAAGAACUAUUGUCGGUGAUAUAAGUGAAGGCUUAGCAACGCCGAGCAGUGGAUUUUUUAUUUCUGAAAGCAGAGAUUCUUAUGUUUUUAAAGAUUUAGAAAUAGAUGUAGACUCUGGAAUCAUUUCUACAGCCACAGUUUUGGACAGGGAGAGUAGAGACAAGUACGAAUUUGUGGCUGCCACGCUCUCAGGUGAGAUGGUAAAAGUGAAAAUAAUGGUUCAUGAUGUGAAUGACAAUUUCCCCGUUUUCUCAACUGAAAAGGUUGAGUUGAAUGUGUCAGAAUUAUGUCCUCCCGGAACCCGCUUUGAACUUGAGGGGGCACAAGAUAGGGAUGAGGGAUAUUUUGGAACCCAGGGAUACCACAUAACUGACAGUGAAGUUGGAGAUUUAUUCAAGGUGGAAUAUCGCCAUGGAGGAGAGAACGUUCUAAACCUGGAUCUCAUCCUUAUGGAUAAAUUAGACAGAGAGACAAGAGAUUCUUACUCGCUGACUGUGGAGGCAUUUGAUGGAGGGGUCCCUCCUAAAACUGGGAAACUUCAGGUUCAUAUUCAUGUUUUGGAUGAAAAUGACAACCCACCUAUGUUCAACCAAACCGAAUACCAAGCCUCAGUGUAUGAAGAUGCUCCUGUGAUGUCACCUGUGUGUCAGCUUUUAGCUACAGAUCUCGACCUCGGGGUCAACGGCCUUGUCACAUACGAGAUAAACCGGCGUCAAAGUGACCCAAACGAGGUGUUUGUCAUCAAUGGAACCACCGGUGUGAUCCACGUCAACAAACCUUUAGAUUUCGAGGCCCAAGCCUUCUACGAGUUGAUCGUCAGCGCCAGGGAUAACGGCGCCCAGCCAGAGUACAGCAGCACCUUUGUGGCCGUGAAGGUGCUGGAUGUCAACGACAACAGCCCAACCAUCAACAUCCUGUUUCUCAGUGAGAGCGGCGACCCCGAGGUGUCGGAGUGGGCAGGCAUCGGGGAGUAUGUCGCCCGGAUAUCCGUCACUGACCCUGACCUGGGGGAGAUUGAGAGGGUCAGGGUCACCCUCGAAGGGGGUGAUGGGAAAUUCACGCUGAAGCAGACAGACGACUUCCUGUACGCCUUGUGUGUGGACGGCGGGCUGGACCGGGAGAACGAGGACCUGUACGAACUGAAGGUCGUUGCCUACGAUUACGGAGCCCCGCCUCUGAGGAGUGAGAUGACCUUCGCGCUAAAGGUGACAGAUGCCAAUGACUGCCGCCCGGCUUUUGACAAGAGCGUCUACGCGGUGAGCGUAGCCGAGGACGUUCCUCCAGGAAGUUCCUUGGUCCAGGUACAGGCCAGAGACGGCGACCAUGGGGUUAACUCUGCCAUUCGAUAUUCCAUCCUCAAGUCAAGCCAGGACCACCUGGUCAGCAUUGACCCCACUUCCGGCCUGGUCACCACGGCGACGUGGUUGGACCGGGAACGAGAGGGGGAAGUGCGGUUCCUGGUGGUGGCGGUCGAUGGAGGGGAGCCCCCCUUGUCCUCCACGGCAACAGUAACCGUGGUGGUUGACGACGUCAACGACAAUGAGCCUGUGUUUCAACAGCAGUUGUACAACGUGUCCAUCCCAGAACACACAGAGAUUGGGAGCUGCUUCUUACAGGUCGUUGCCACGGAUGCGGACGGUCGUGAUUUUGGGACUGUGCGCUACUCUGUCUCUGAUGGUUUUGAGAAGGAGGACAAGCACCCUCUUUUCAACAUCCACCCUGAGACGGGAGAGCUGUGUGUCUCCCAGGACAUGGACAGAGACGCGGGCCCGGCUGCACAUGACAUCUUGGUGAAAGCUGAGGAUCAGGGAGGCCUGAGUGCUCAAACCUACGUCCACAUCGAGGUGGAGGACCUGAACGACAACCGGCCUGUGUUCAACCCCGACCGCUACACCACCAGCAUCAGCAGCCACGCCCAGCCCGGCACAGAGAUCCUCAAUGUCAUCGCCUCCGACAGAGACCUGGGGGCGUUCGGCCGCGUCUCCUAUGAGCUGCUGCCCGGAGACUUGUCUUCAAUGUUCUCUGUGGAGCAAACAUCGGGCGUGGUAUACCUGACUUCCACCCUCACCCACCUGGGCACCGCCACAGUGAAGCUGGUCAUGACUGCCCACGACGGCGAAGGCCUGUCUGCUGUGCGGCCCGCAGAGGUCACUGUGAACAUCCUGAGCAGUGCCCAGGCUCCCGCCGUGUUCCAGAGGUCACGUUACGCCUUCACCAUCCCCGAGGACGCCCCUCCUGGCACCUCGGUGGGCACCGUGGAGGCCUUUAACCCUGCCAACUCUGUGGAGUCCCUGUCCUACCGGAUCUCGUCCGGGGACCCCCAGGGCCUGUUCUGGGUGGACCCUGAGUCUGGCCUGAUCAGCACCAGCCAGGCCCUGGACCACGAGUCCCAACCCUACGCCCUGCUGGUGCUCCAGACCCACUCUGGGAACUCCCCCGUGUACAGCAGCGCCCAAGUCAACGUCACAGUGGCCGACAUCAACGACAACGCCCCCGUCUUUCCGAAGGCGGCCAACGCGGUUGCCGUUUCGCAAAACACGCUGCCCGGCACAGUGUUGUUCAUAGCUCACGCCCACGACCUGGACAGCGGCGCCAACGGGAGGGUGCGCUACAGCAUUCCACCGGAUGGCGACAGCAGGACCGGAGCAUUCGUUGUAGACGCCGACCUGGGGACGGUGUCUCUAAACCGGAGCUUGUCCCGGGACAUGCAGCCCACGUACACGUUUGAGAUCCUGGCUAAAGACGGGGGAGUGCCAUCGCUCACCUCAACCUUGACUCUUGUGGUCAACAUCGACCGCAGCGCCACAGAAGACACGGUGACGUUCGAGACAUUGGUCUACCAGGUGGAGAUCGGAGAGGGUACCCACAAAGACGCCAGGGUCAUCCAGGUGAGGGCCCACAGGAGCGGGAGGAGCAUGCACGCCGCCAAGCAUGCGCUCUCCUACUUCCUGGAACCAGAGGCGGGAUUCCCCCCUCCUCCUUUCCGCGUACACCCUGACAGCGGUUGGCUGUACCUCUCCAAAAGCCUGGACUACGAGACGGAGCCCAUGUUUAGAUUCAGAGUGCUAGCCACCGCUAAGGAAGCUAACCGUGCUAGUGAGGCUCCGUUGGCUAACAGCACAGCCACAGCCACGGUCAUUGUGCUAGUGCUGGAUGAGAAUGACAACACCCCGGUAUUCAGCGAUGAGGCCUACUUUUUUUCCGUCCAAGAGGGUCCAUCUCCUCAGGGUCUGGUCGGGACAGUCAACGCGGUGGAUAAGGACUCCAGGAAGAACGCCCAGCUGUCCUACAUCCUGCUGUCCGACGGGAAACACUUCCGCAUCAAUGCCAAGACAGGUGAGAUCAUAAACUGGGUGUCUCUGGACCGUGAGCAGCAGAGCCAGCAUGCUCUGAAGGUGAUGGUGACGGACCAGGGUCACCCUCGACUCAACGCCACCGCCACCGUGCACAUCCUGGUCACGGACGUCAACGACAACCCGCCGCAGUUCACCCACAUGCCUGCCGGCAAGGAGCUUAACGUCCAGGUGUGGGCUGGCCAACCUGCUGGUACCUUGGUCACCUCCAUAUUUGCCAAAGACCUGGAUGCAGGAGAAAAUGGGACAGUGCACUUCUCUCUGCUCACAGAGGACGAUCUGGGCCACUUUGAGAUUGACAGUGGGAGCGGAGACAUCACAACCACCUGGCGCUUUUCCCAGAACAGUCAGACGCACUACACCCUCACUGUGGUCGCCCACGACGGAGGCCACACCCCUCUGGAGGAGAGGGCACUCAUUCACCUCCAGGUUAAUGCUGCAGAAAGACAGUCCAAUGGUGCUGGCCUUCAGGGUGUUAGACACUUCUCUGUGAGAGAGGACACCAAGCCUGGCUCUGUGAUUGGCUCUGUCCAGCUCCCAGCCAACGGGAGGAUGCACUACUCCAUCUCCGAGGGUGAUGGCAGCCUCCACUUUGGAAUCGACAGUUCUUCCGGUGACCUGUAUGUUCACCAGCCUCUCGACUACGAGGCCGCGGUGGGCUACUUCCUGGUCGUGCGGGCCGAAGACACGAGGCUGACCUCGGGCGUGAACGUCUCAGCGGUCGUCAGCGUGACUGUGGAAGACGUCAACGACCACACGCCCUGGUUCCAAGACGACGUGAUCACGUUCGCUGUGAGGGAGGACACACCGGUCGGGACACCCGUGUUCACAUUCAACGCUAAGGACGGUGACGGGAGCCUACCCAACAGUGUCAUCCGCUACUCCCUGAACCUUGACCCCAAGCUGGGUUCAGGGUCCUCCACACCGCUUCCAUUUCACAUCCACCCUCUGACCGGUACCCUGAGCACGGCCGGCCCCUUGGACCGCGAGAGCAUCCAGAGUUUCGCGUUCACGGUCACCGCCACAGACCAAGCUGAGAAAGUGGUCGACCGGAAGUGGACCACCGUGACGGCCCAGGUGUUCCUGCUGGACGUCAACGACGAGAGCCCGGCGUUCGUGUCCUCAGAAACGGCUCGGGUGAUGGAGGACGCCCAGGUGGGGAGUCUGGUGCAUCACGUUCGGGCUGUGGAUGGGGACCUGGGAAACAGUGGCCUGGUCACCUACUCUGUAGUGGCUGGGAACGAGGAUGGCCUCUUUACCUUAGAGGAGAGAACAGGACUGCUGUACCUGGCCUCUCCUCUGGACUACGAGUCGCACAUCUCCCACAGCCUGACCAUCCAGGCGCAGGACCAUGGUCUUCCUCCUCUGUCCUCAGCCCAGACGCUGACUAUGGAGGUGGGGGAUGUGAACGACCAGGCCCCCCUCUUCCAACAGGAGGUCUACAGUGCCACAGUGGCUGAGAACAGAGAGCCCGGGGAACCGGUGGUCAGAGUCUCGGCCGUUGAUAUGGAUUCAGAGGAAAACGCCGUGGUGUGGUACAGCCUGCUGCCCGGCCCGGGGUACGAGCUCUUCACCAUCAACCCCCACACAGGCCUCAUCAGCACGACCGACCCCCUGGACAGGGAGCAACAGCAGCACUUCACCCUGAGAGUCCGGGCUCGGGACAGCGCCCUUCAGCCCCUCUCCAGUGUGGCAGUGGUCAUGUGCUCGGUGCAGGACGACAACGACAACCCUCCAGAGUUCAUGCUGUCCUCCUUCCAGAUCAGCCUGCCUGAGAACCUCCCCCCAGGGGUCAUUCACACCGCCCAGGCUUACGACCCCGACCAGGGAGACAACGGAAGUAUACGCUACUCCAUACUAGGUGAGGACUAUGACGGCCGCUUCAGCAUCCACUCCACCACAGGAGCUGUGAGCACCACUAGAGUCCUGGACCGGGAGGAGCGGGUGAACUACACCCUCAUCCUCAUGGCCCAUGACUCCGGGCCCUCCCCCCUCAGCGCCUCCACCCAGCUCCACCUCCUCCUCCUGGACGAGAACGACCACAGCCCCGCAUUCGGCCGCAAGAGCUACCGCGCCUCUGUCAGCGAGGGACUGCCGGCAGGGACCGAGGUCCUCCGGCUCAGCGCCCUGGACCCUGACGAAGGGCCCAAUGGUGAGGUGAGCUACUCCCUGGCGGAGGACUCCCUGGGGGUGUUCUCUGUGGACGCCUCCACGGGGGCGAUCAGGACCACCAGGCCCCUGGACCGGGAGAGCCGGGGCCAGUACGUUCUCAGGGCUGUGGCCACGGACGGCUGCGCUAGGGGCCCGCGGAGCUCGGCCACCUCGGUGACCGUCCUGGUGGAGGACACGAACGACAACACGCCCGUCUGCGGCCGCAACCCCGUCAACGCUUGGAUCGGCGGCGGCGACACGGCGGUGGCCAACCGCACGGUUGCCACGGUGACCGCCACGGACACCGACCGGGGCGAGAACGGAACGGUGCGGUUCAGCCUCGCGGGGGACUCUGACGUCUUUGACGUGGGCGUGACGUCGGGGAGGAUCUGGUUGAAGACGGCCCUCAGAGCGGGCUUCUCUGGGACGAAGCUGCGGGUUUUGGCGGAAGACCAGGGACAACCAGCGCUGACCUCCACCUGCCUGGUCCUCAUCCACCUGAAAGGAGAGGAGGAGGGACUGCAGUUCACACAGAAAGACUACCAGGCAACUGUUGUGGAAAACAGCCAAAUUGGCACGUGGGUUGUCAGGGUGGAAGCUUUUGACCAGACUAACGAGGGCUCAAGGGUUGAGUACAGCAUUUUCAGCGGCAACAGAAACGGAGCAUUUGUCAUCAACAGACACACCGGUGACAUAUCGGUGAGUCAGGAGAUCCUGGACUAUGAGGAGAGCCGGCGAGCAGAGCUGGUGGUGCUGGGGGACAGCGGCCUGAGGACGGCCCACUGCAGGGUCACGGUCAACCUGCAGGACGCCAACGACAAUGCCCCGGCAUUUGAGCAGAGCUACUACCGAACGGCCGUCUGGGAGGGACAGGUCCACAACACCUACAUCAUGCAGGUGUUGGCAUCCGACGCUGACAGCAGUACAAACAGCCAGGUAGAAUACUCCAUCCUGUCUGGGAACCACAACGACGCCUUCAUCAUUGACUCUGUGCGCGGCAUCCUCGCCACCAAUACUGUGUUGGACCGUGAGAUCACAUCGUCCUACAAGCUGGUUCUGCAGGCCUCAGACAGGGGGAGCCCUGCGCUCACGGGCACCAGCAUUGUGAGGGUACAGGUGGUGGACGUCAACGACAACAGUCCUGCCAUCCCCCCCAUGCAGCCUGUGGUCAUGGCUGAGAAUCUUCCGGUUGGGUACAUGGUGAUGCAGGUGAGCGCCAAUGAUGUAGACCUCAACUCCAUCGUCACCUACAGCUUCUCGGACAACUCCACCACCAAUGGCAGCUUCGCCAUCGACCGCUACACGGGGCUCGUGACCCUGACCCGCUCCCUGGACCACGAGGAGCAGACGGAGCACACACUGAGGGUCUGGGCGUCGGACUCCCUCCACAAGACCACAGGAGAGGUCAAAGUUCAAGUGCUGGAUGUCAAUGACAAUGCUCCCAUCUUCUCUCAGGAAUCCUACCAGGUGGAGUUGCCUGAACUGGCCUCUGCCAGAACGUUGGUGCUGACUGUAUCAGCUACAGACAGAGACUCUGGGCUCAAUGGCAAGGUCACCUACAGGCUCCUGUCAUCUCCUCUACAGGGAUUCUACAUCCACGCAGACAACGGGUCGGUGUUCACUAACAAACCAAUGAAAUAUGUCACCAACGGCGACACGAUCCAGCUCCUGAUUGAGGCGAGUGACGGAGGAGACCCCGUUCGUUCCACCGUCAUCUCCAUGGACAUCCAGGUCCUGGACACCAACGACCACGCCCCACUCUUCACACAGGACGCCUACUCGACAUUUGUCCCAGAGGACAGCCCUGUGGGCACCACACUACUGACCCUCUCAGCAGAGGAUGCAGACCUGGCCCCCGAAAAUACCCACCUGGAUUAUGUGAUUACAGGCGGUAAUGAUGAGAGGAGGUUCUGUAUGGAGGUCAGUGCCGUCCAGAUGGAGAAUCAGCAAAAGACCGUUGGGAGGUUGGUUCUUUGUGAACCGCUGGACCACGAGACCAAAGACAGCUAUGCAGUGACCGUUACCGUGUCUGACCACGGCACACCACCGCUGAACAGCUCCGUCGUGGUCUCUGUGAACGUGACUGACGUCAACGAUAAUGCUCCCGUGUUUGUACAUGCGGAUUACCACGCCCAGGUGAGUGAGAGCAGCACUUCGGGGACACGAUUGGUUCAGGUGGCCGCCCAUGACGCUGACCAAGGAACCAAUGGGGUGGUUCGUUAUGAUAUAAUCUCGGGGAACAGCAAAGGUCACCUCAGACUCAACCCUCACACCGGUGUCCUUGAGGUCAGUCAGCCCCUUGACUACGAAGAAGACUCCAAAUACACCCUGGCCGUCCAGGCUUCAGACGGUGGCCACUCUGGUAAACGCAAAGUUGCCUUCACAGUGGUCUUUGUCACGGUUCUGGACGAAAAUGACAACUCGCCUUACUUCAUGUUCCCCAUGGUCAACUGCUCGGUGCUGGAGAACCUGCCAGCCUUCACCCCGGCCUGCUCCGUCCGUGCAAUGGACAACGACGCAGGGCCCUACGGCAUGAUCACGUACUCCAUCCUCUCGUCCUGCUUCAUGGACUACGGAAGCGGCAGCCCGGACAGGAAGGAGGCGUUCGCCAUCGACGCGCUCACUGGCGACAUCCACACCAGACAGACUUUCGACUACGAGCGUGAGAGUGAGUACUGCUUUGUGGUUGAGGCCAGGGACAAGGGCGACAAGGUGGCCACGGUCCGAGUGCAGGUGGCUGUAAAGGGAAUGGACGAGUUCAGCCCCGUCUUCACCCAGAGGCAUUACCGCUUUGUCCUCCCGGGGAACACCAAACCAGGGCAGACGGUCGGCUACGUGAUGGCCAUGGACCACGACGGAGGGCUGGACGGGCUGGUGGAGUACUCCCUGAUUGACCCCUCGCCAUUUUUUGCGAUCAACAAAACAACUGGCGCCAUUUUCACGUCCGGGCCUGUCUACCGCAGGAGAGGCAGUCUGGCCGGAGAAGACCUGGUGGAGGUGCUGGUAUCUGCAAGCAGCCCCAGACUGGACUCCAGGUCCACCACCUCUCUGGUGUCCAUCAACAUCUCCAGCUCAGCUGAGGCUCAAACAGGAGUGCCACUAGAUAUCCAGACCAUCAGUCUGACGGUGUCCCUGGCCAUGUUCCUCCUCAUCCUCAUCAGCUUUGUGGCCCUUGUACUCAGAUACAAGACCAAAGAUGCCGCCAUCAAAAAAGCAGCGGCAAUCGCAGCCAAUCUGAACAACGGCAGCGGAACAUUCGGCAGGUCGGGCCGCCAGCCUCACAACGUCAUUGGCCUGCACGAACUUAGACCAAUGAACAUGCGGGCGAAGAGGGAGGUGCCCAACUUGUACAGGAAGUCCAACUCGAGCGGUAGGGGUUCUGCCGAAGGUGAGACUGCCGAGGACCAAGAGAUCAAGAUGAUCAACAACUAUCCGUGCCAUGAACGGGCAGACUCUGACCGGAGCGAGACCACGCUUACGGUCCCUGACCCAGCUGUGCCCAGAGACUCUGACCAGCUGUCCUGCCACUCCAUAGAUGUGGGCCCUUCGGUUUUGGUACAAGGAACUAUGCCCGGCAACAUUAACAUGGGCACGGCGAGCUCAGAAAGCCUCCACACUUUCAGAGAAGAGGGCGGGGGCGAGGGCAUGCUCCCCAGAGUGCUCAGGGUGAAGGACAUUGAGGAGGGCAUGAGGACAAGAGGCUAUGUGCAGCUCUCAAAGGGCCAAGUACCGGUGGACAGUUCCAUGACCUCCCUGCUGUGUCCGGAGGAGCAGCUCAGAGGCAGCUACAGCUGGGACUACCUCUUGGACUGGGAACCGAGCUACCAGACAAUGGCCUCUGUCUUCACUGACAUUAGCCUCCUGCCCGAUGAGGAGCUCCAGGGAGGCCACGAAGGCCUGGCAGCCGAGGUCCCCAGCCUCAUGCACCCCCCACCUCUCAUCACAGGGGUGGCCCAGUCUGGCAUCCGGGCGGUGCCACCCAGGAUGCCACAGCCGACCUCACGUGCCCACACGCUCAGCAGGAGACCCUCGUACCCUAAAUAUGCCUACUCCCCCCUGGCCAGGAACACUGGGCUCACUCCAUCAGCGAUGACGCCUAGUUUUUCCCCCUCCCUGUCGCUGCUCACCCUCAGGACCCCGAACGCCUCCCCGGUGGUCUCAGAGACGGGGCUGGGCAGCGUCAGACUGGACUCGCUCACUGCCAGCCUCCUGGAAGCUGAAAUUCAAGUGUAAACUGCGUGUGUUGGUAAAAAGGGGAAGGAGCUAUUACCUGCCAUGCACACAAAACAUGCAUUCAACAGCUAGUUUCAUUUGUGUAACAUAUUUGUUCCAGUCCAUUGGAACAGUUGAGAAAUAUCUCCAGUCUCCUGGCAAGUAUUUUAUCUUGUGGUAAUGACAUUACAUAAUGUAGGGUCAUAUGUGAAAACUGCAGAAUAUUGGAAAUAAAUGUGGCAUACACAACAGCCUUUAUGUAAAAGAUUAGAUUAUGGCACAUUUCAUAAAUCACAUUUUGUAAUAAAACUAAUAUUUGGAAAAGCCUGAACUCUACUAUUGCAUAACUCUGAACUACAGCAGAGAUUUCAGAUAAACAGGAUUGUAUGCUCCCAAAAUGAAACACAUCGCUUUCGCAGUCCAUUAUAACUUUGAAAUGGGCAAAAAAAUGGAGUACUAUACAUGAGUGAACCACAAGCACAUACCCCUAUAACAAGACCCAUUUGAAAAGUGAUUGUCGGCUGCCACAGCAAAGAACUAAGGCUUUUUGAGUAAACUCUACGUGGAUGUGCUCUGGUUAUGGACUACAGAAAGAUAUUUUUGGAAACAGCACUUUAUUGUACAGGAUGUACGAUUUCAAAGGAAUUUAUGUUUUUUUGAUGAGUUGGAAAUUAUGUAAAUAUGGUUUGUAGUUAACACAAAAAAAAAUCAUGAAUGAAAAAUGAAUUAUGUCAAUAUGUAAUUGAAAACUGGACUUAUGUCCAGAAUUUUUUUUUUCUACAUUUUAAAACCGUUCUGAGCAUGUAGUAUUUGUGACUAAAUAUACAGUAUCUGUGUUCUUUGGUACUUAUUCCUUUUUAUGUGCUAAAUAAAUCACUAACAAAUCACAA